CGUUCGAUUGAUGUCGGUUCGCCACUCGUUCGCAUUCGCGCACAAAUAUACAAUAAAUUUUUAGGCGGCGUCCAGACCAGACCUUAAAUCACAACUCUUCACACGCCAUAGUGUGCGCGCGCGAAUUCAUCCAUUUUUUCCUUUCCUCUGGCGGAAAAUCUAUUGCGUGUCCCGGAGGUAUAUAUCUUAAUCGGGAAAAUAUAUCCGUGGCACACACGCGCACAGUGGUGGGAGGGCGCGAUAUAAAAAGAAUUGGAGAGGAAAUUGAAUAAGCAGAGGCCGCCGACAUGCAGCAGCACCCCCUCAAGACGCGACUCGCGGCCGUGAUGCUCCUCGCGGCCGCCACUUGUGCAGCAGCGAUGCCACAUUCACAGAGUGACAGCAUGAUCCGAGACAUGGAAAUCGUCAAGAAGUGCAACUACACCUCGCCCGUCGCAAAAGACGUGCUCAAUUCUGCCCUGAUCAACAAAAUUCUGCUCGAUUCCAACAAUUACGCAUUCAAGUGUUUCCUGCACUGUCUCUAUCGAGAGUAUGGCUGGAUGGACCAUCGAGGCGAAUUCCAGUUGAAGCCAAUGAAAGUUUUCUUGCACGACGCCCGCCUGCCAAUCUCGAUCAUUCGCAAAUUGCUGCUUUUUUGCACCGACACUGAAUCUAGGGACAAAUGUGACCGCGCGUACGACUACACCCAGUGCUUCUGGGGAAUAGUGAAAAAGCCGCAGUUGUUGGAAGAGGGCCAGGAUGAUCCCUUCGGCGUGAGCGACGACUUUGAGACACCUUAUCACCUUCUGGACGAUGAAGCCAACUGAAAUCAAUACGCCCCUGUAAUCAAUUUCCCGCUGCAACGCAAAAUCUGUAUCUACGAUAAUAAUUAAUCACGUGCGUCAUCUGUCAAAACACAUCCGAGCAGAAAAUUUAUCGUUCAUACCACAGUUCACCAUUUUUGCAUAUUAUUGUAUGUUAUAUAUUACAAAGUAUUUAAUCAUUGAUGUAUGUUAACCUUUAUUACUUAAAAUUUAUUUUAAAGCCAAAGACAAAAAUAAAAUAUCUAUAGCCAGGAUGUGAUCAAAAAUUAA